AUGGCCGAGGGGGGCUGGGCCCCGCCACGUUUUUCUACUCCAUUGCACCGACACGUGGGACAGGGUGCUUUCCGGGACGUAUACGAACCGGCCGAAGACACGUUCUUGUUGCUGGACGCGCUAGAGGCAACUGCCACGGAGCUCAUGGGAGUAGAGAUAUGCCUUGAAAUAGGAUCAGGAUCGGGCAUCGUAUCUGCAUUCCUGGCUUCAAUUAUUGGCCCUCAGGCUUUAUAUAUGUGUACUGAUAUCAACCCCAAAGCAGCUGACUGUACCUUGGAGACAGCACUGUGUAACAAAGUUCACAUUCAGCCAAUAAUUACAGAUUUGGCCAAAGGAUUGCUACCAAGGUUAUUCAGAAAAGUUGAUCUUCUGGUAUUUAACCCACCCUAUGUCGUAACGCCUUCUGAAGAGGUAGGAAGUCAUGGAAUAGAGGCAGCUUGGGCUGGUGGCAGAAAUGGCCGAGAAGUCAUGGACAGAUUCUUCCCUUUGGCAGCAGACCUACUAUCACCAGAAGGAUUUUUCUAUUUAGUUACCAUUAAAGAAAACAAUCCAGAUGAAAUUAUGGAAACAAUGAAGAAAUAUGGUUUACAGGGCAUAACUGUACUUUCCAGACAAGCAGGAAGAGAAAUUCUUUCAGUCCUAAAGUUCAACAAGUUCUAAUAUAUGUAUUGUGAAAUGUUCA